AUGGUGUCAAAUUCACUUCCCUUCAUUUUGCAGUCAAGAUACCAAGCACAUUUUGGAAAAGCACAUUUCUGGAAAAAUGUGUUGUAUGUUGCCUUUGUUUUUUGCUGUUUGAUCUCAACAGCACAGUCCGAAAGAUAUUGGGAAAUUAAAAGGGAAAAUGGCAACAUUGAACUCUGCUGCUUUUGUCUCCACCAAGAUCUAAAAAAUCGAGAACAUAUCAUUAAAGAGUGUGAAGUAAAAUUUGGCCAAGUGAAUAUUCCCGGCUAUAUUGGACCACCAAUAUGCUCUUGCUUAUCGUCAAAUAAAUAUCCACGAUGCCCUGAUAUUCAUGUUUGUGGGAAUAAAAGUGAUUGCCCAAACAACAAAAUUUAUGAAAGAUGUAGCGUUAAGGAAUUGUUGACAUUGAAGACAAUGAAAUGUAAUGACAGUUUGCAGUGGGAACAUGACAUUGAUUGCAAUGCGACCUGUAUGCCAUCAAAUAACAUAAAAAAUGGAAUAGCUAUGUGUCAGUUACUUGGAAACAAAGUUGUCUGCAAUUGCACCUGUAAGGAAGGUUUUGUUACUUCCCAAACCAAAAAUCUAUCCUGUAUUGAAGCAAAAAAUACUAUUUGUAAUCCUGUCAAAACCGAACAGUAUCUUUUGGAAAUACUUCUUCCGAUAGUUAUGAUCAUCAUCAUCGGCAGUAUUAUAAUAAUAAUUUACUGUAUUUGGAAGAAGUCUUGCUGUUUUGGACAUGUUCCGAAUGCCCAAGAAUCCAGUUAUCGACAGAAUGAUAGAGAUUUGAACCAUAUACCAGGGGCCCAAGAGUCCAAUCAAACACAGAUAGAUGAAGAGUCCAGCCUUCUAACGGAUGAUGGAGAGUUGAACCAUACACCAGGAGCCCAAGAGUCCAAUCAAACACAGAUAGAUGAAGAGUCCAGCCUUCCAACGGAUGCCCAAAUGUCCAAUCAUACACCAGGAGAUGAAGAAUCCAUCCAUACACCUGGAGACCAAGAGACCAACCAUACAACAGGAGACCAAGAAUCCAAUUAUCCACAGAAUGAUAGAGAUUUGAACCAUACACCAGGGGCCCAAGAGUCCAACCAAACACAGAUAGAUGAAAAGUCCAGCCUUCCAAUGGAUGACCAACCCACCAACUAUACACCAGGAGGUGUGGAAAGCCUUCCAUAUGAGGAUGGAUAUGCAUCUAUGGGUUUUCCAUUAUGUCCAGAAAGCCUUCAAGGUAAGAGCCAUCAUUCUGCAUUUUUACCUGGCAUCAAUCUCAACAUGAUUUAA